GGAAAAUGGUAGCCUUGCAUUGCAUUAAAAGUGUGUUUUCAGCGAACAGAAGCUUCUUGAAUGUGCGAGUAUUCGUUCAAAAAAUAUAACUAAAUUAAACAUAAAUAAAUCGCAAUGGUUUCUCUUACCCAUGGAAAUACAAAUGCAGUGGGCCUGAUGAGUGUUAUGUGCCUGAUGGGAUGUUUUAAAUUAAAAUCAAUAAAAAGUAAAAAGUGAAUCAAUCGCUUCAAGAACUCGAUGCUAUUAACAAAUACAACAAAAAAGUAAACAAAAAACCAAUGGAACUUUAAUUAAUAAGAAACCAACAAUUCAGAUAAUAAAAAUUUAGUAUUAGUAAGAAAAUAAAACAAGAAGCAAACCCCCUUAAUUGUCUUCCAAGCAACCAAUAAAGAAAAUUCCAUAAGUCCUCAAGUUCAUAAGACGAACGAUGGAAAAAGUUGUCGAAAUUUACCUCGGCGACUGCAAUAAACGGCGAAUAUUCCAUGCUACGUCUCAGCAAGCAACUACAACAAUAGCAACGAGUAAGGAACAAAAACAAACUCAAAAGUACUACUACACGAAGAGCAAAAUACACAAAAACUACAAUAGCAAUACAAACCGAAGACACAACGAAAAUCGUGGGCAACAACAAACGCAACAAUCAAAGCAUCGACAAAACCGAACUUCGUGUCAGCAACAGUAUCAUGCACAAAAUGCGGCGACGACCGGAACAUCGCAAAAACAACAGCAACAGCAACAACAACUACAACCACAGCUAACACCCACUGUCGACUACUUCCGCUUCUCCGCUUUGUAUGCACUGGUAGCAACAUCCGCUACCACUGCCGCGUAUCAUAUGCGUGACGCGUACGCGUGUGUGACUGCCUACGAUGAAGUCAACGACGACAGCGACAGCGACUGCGACUGCGAGGACGACAACGGCGGUAAUUCUGGCGGUACGCCUCACCAUCACAACACACGGCAGCGGCAUAUCACUGAUGCAACCACCACUAUGGAAUUGAAGCAUAGCCGUACAAGCCUUAUACAACCGCAGCUUAGCAAAUUGUUGCGAGUCGCAUGCCUUCGCAAUGGUAAUGGUGUUCGUCAUGCAACUAGUAUUGGUGUGGGUACUGGCGGCGCAGGUGGUGCCAGUAGUUGUGGUCUCUUCAAUGCGAUUGGUACUGCCACCGGAAGUGGUACCAGUUUUGUGGGUAACGGCUUCGAUACGCGUAGCAUUUUCUAUUUAACGCUCGUAUUCUUUAUCUAUUGUGGUGUGAUGAUGCGCGCCUCGGUGGCAGCAACUGCCCUUGCUAAUGCGACGCAUAACAAUAAUAAUAGUGAUAGUAAUGAAAAUAAUGCGCCAACGGCAGCGACGAAUAUGACGCCAAACUCGGCUUCUAUUGAAAAUGUGCAGACUAAAACCGUAAGAGAUUUGAUAGCUUUUGUACGAGCUUCACCAUCAACCACAUUUGGGGACGCAUCUGCAUUGUCACUAUCAUCACCUGUCAGCAACUUUACAACUGAUAUUGUGAAUAGCAGCCGUAAGGGGUCAUCGCUAGCAGUAACGGACGCGUCGUUAGCCGUUUUGGUGGGUAAGGAUGAACGUCUAGCGAAAAUGCAACGCGUUGUAAAGCGCGAUACCGCUCAUGUGCCUGAUGAUGAGGAUGAUUCCGCUUAUCAUGACGACGAAUUUGAUGAAUACGAGGCUUUAAUAAAUAAUCGAUCUGCAAAAGGUAAAUACAUCGGUGCUCCCUGCUUCAGCAACUUGACGUGCGAAACUUCACUAUUGCAUGUCACGUGUGAAAAGGAGACAAAAACCUGCGGCUGUGAAAAAAACUAUCCAGUACAGCUUGGACUAACCAAAGGUUGCGACAAGCCUAAAAAACUGGGCGAACAGUGUUUCUACGAUGAAACUUGUAUGUAUAACGACGAAAAUUCCCUUUGUGUUCAGGUGCGACACAAUGCCAUAUGUCAAUGUGCACAUGGUUUUCAUUCCGUAAGUCACACGAAGCCAACGCGACGCAUUUUUUGUACGAAAGACUUAAAGGAGCUGAAUUCUGAUUUACCUACUUUACUGGGUGUUACAACGGGGAUCGCAGUGCUAGCCGGGCUGAUCUGUAUGGUAUUACACCUUUUCAGUAAGACGAAAUACCCACGUCCACGAAACUUCGGCGAUGCGAAUCUCCCGCCACCCAUUAUGUACUCCAGUGAUACAGGUAUACCAUUGACAGUACAAUCGGGACGUCCAUCAUCACGUUCCAGUCUCCGUUCGAGCGGCUCAAUCGGUUCCUAUGGCAAUCGACGUGCUUCUUCCGGUGGCGCAACAACUGGCGGCGGGCAUGGUGUGGGCAUAAGUGGUGGCGGCAGUAGCGGUACGAAAGGCAUACUCGUCUCUACAUCACGUACAGGUUCUCGAAGACCAAGUCUAGCGUCGGUUCAUAGUACUAGUUCGUCCGUGCGUAGCUAUAGUAUGAUGCGUUUCGAGAAGGAGGUCCAGCAGAAGGAGAUUCGUCAGGAGAUGAAAUUGCGUUUGGCGCGUCUACAACAACAACAACACCUUAAUCAAAAUAAACCGCAAAUUGUAAUUGGCGACACACUGCAACAUCAUAUGGGUGCGGCGUCGGCGUUCAGUCGUUUGAGCGGCAUGCCUACGCCGAGUCCAUUGACGCCCAAUUCAAUGGAUGAACUACUACCGUCGGUGGAUGAGCUACAAGAGUAUCCACCGAAAAGUGACGAUCUAGCAACAAAAAUACAUAAAAUAACGGCCGAAAGUGUGGCCGCUUCAACGCUUACAGCAUUAAGACAGGCGGCGGUGGGCACUAGUGAAGCAUUAAUUGGUGCGACAACAACGGCGACGGCCAGUUCGGGUGCCAGUGGCAGUGGCGGUUUGGUGACACCUGCCACGCCGUCCGACAUGACUGGAGCGGCCGCUUAUAUUGGACCAUGUAGUUCAUCGACUGAAGCACUCUAAAGGUAUACAUAAGCGAUAAAAACGAAAUAAUUAAUAAAUAAUAAUAAAAUAAAUCGAGAAAAGCAGCAGAAAAUUACGAAUUUGCCAGCAAAUAAACGUUAGAGGCUUCAAACGUAAAAAAUAUAUUUAAGCAUACAAUAAAAAUACUCGUAUUUACUUACGAAGAAAUACUCGUAGAUGACAUAGCACAUUUGCAUACCUGUGCAUACGUAUAUGUGUGAGUACAUUUGCAUGUGCGUGUUUGCAGUAGUGCGCGAGAAAAUAUGCAACACUGCUGCGCAAACAGGCAUAUAAUUUCUAGUUGAAAUUAAAAAAAGAAAAAAAUGAAAGAUAUUAAAUGCGUUUUGCUUACAAAAUUAGCAAAAUCAAUUAAUUAAUUUUUUAUGCAGCAAUUGUAGUAGGUUAGGUUAGUUUAGCGAUUAACGGAAUGAUACGCGACUUGCUUGUAAUGGUUUAAUGUACGGAAUGCAUACUUUAAGAAAUGUAGGGCGUUACACGUUUUUGUUUCUGAAUUGAAUUGACAUAUUUGCAGGUUGCAUGUCAACAAUGAAAAACCAGUUGUAAGGUUAUCAUAUAAACAUUUCAACUUAUAUGUUCGUAAAUGUUAAUAGGUAUCGAUUUUACUUUAGACUAGCGAAACUAUAACAUUGUUGUUGAUCCUGUAAUAGAAAGACCUAGAGAAACCUUACAUUAUUUUUUCAUCGUACACAUUUACAUACAUACGUAUAACUUUUUAUUUUGCCUAGAGCUUUGAUAUAUGUAUGUAUGUACCAAUGCUUUAA